AUGACCCAAACUCAGCCCCCAAUGAAAGCACCUAAGCUACCAGCUGAAGCAAUUGGAGAUGUAAAAGACACUAAUGAACUGAAGACGAUCCUCAGAGAGCUUAAGUACAGAAUUGGCAUUCAGUCGGCGAAGUUACUCCGGCAGCUGAAGCAGAAAGAUCGGCUUCUGCAUAAAGUCCAGAAGAACUGCGAUAUUGUGACUGCGUGCUUGCAGGCCGUGUCACAGAAGAGAAGAGUUGACACAAAAUUGAAGUUCACUCUUGAGCCGUCUUUAGGUCAAAAUGGUUUUCAGCAGUGGUAUGAUGCUCUCAAGGCAGUUGCCAGACUAUCCACAGGAAUACCAAAAGAAUGGAGGAGAAAGGUUUGGUUGACCUUGGCAGAUCAUUAUUUGCACAGCAUAGCCAUUGACUGGGACAAAACCUUGCGCUUCACUUUCAAUGAAAGGAGUAAUCCGGAUGAUGACUCAAUGGGAAUUCAGAUUGUCAAGGAUCUUCACCGCACAGGCUGCAGUUCUUACUGUGGCCAGGAGGCUGAGCAAGACAGGGUUGUGUUGAAGCGGGUCCUGUUGGCCUAUGCCCGCUGGAACAAGAAUGUUGGGUACUGCCAAGGCUUUAACAUCCUGGCUGCACUAAUUCUGGAAGUGGUGGAAGGCAAUGAAGGGGAUGCUCUGAAAAUUAUGAUUUACCUUAUUGACAAGGUACUUCCCGAGAGCUAUUUUGUCAAUAAUCUCCGGGCGUUGUCUGUGGAUAUGGCUGUCUUCAGAGACCUCCUGAGACUGAAGCUCCCUGAAUUAUCUGAGCACCUGGACACUCUUCAGAGAACUGCAAACAAGGAGAGUGGAGGUGGAUACGAGCCCCCGCUCACGAAUGUCUUCACGAUGCAGUGGUUUCUGACUCUCUUCGCCACGUGCCUCCCUAACCACACCGUUUUAAAGAUUUGGGAUUCUGUCUUUUUUGAAGGUUCGGAAAUCAUCCUAAGGGUGUCGCUGGCUAUCUGGGCCAAGUUGGGAGAGCAGAUAGAAAACUGUGAAACGGCAGAUGAAUUCUACAGCACCAUGGGGCGCCUCACCCAGGAGAUGCUAGAGCAUGAUCUUCUAGAAAGCCAUGAACUCAUGCAGACUGUUUACUCCAUGGCUCCAUUCCCUUUCCCACAACUGGCAGAGUUGAGGGAAAAGUACACCUACAACAUUACACCGUUCCCAGCUACAGUGAAACCCACCUCCGUGUCUGGACGACACGGUAAGAUCAGAGACAGUGAUGAAGAGAAUGACCCAGAUGAUGAAGAUGCUAUUGCUAAUGCCGUGGGGUGUCUUGGGCCUUUCAGUGGGCUCCUGGCACCUGAACUACAGAAGUACCAAAAACAAAUUAAAGAGCCCCACGAAGAGCAGAGUCUGAGAUCUAAUAACAUUGCAGAGCUGAGUCCAGGAGCCAUCAAUUCCUGUCGAAGUGAAUACCACGCCGCUUUCAACAGCAUGAUGAUGGAGCGCAUGACCACGGACAUCAACGCGCUAAAGCGGCAGUAUUCUCGGAUUAAAAGGAAGCAGCAGCAGCAGGUUCACCAGGUGUAUAUCAGAGCAGGCUCUACAGAAGACAAAGACCAUGGGUUCUCCUUAGGUCCCAAGGACCGGGCAGUUGAUGACAAAGGGCCAGUGACCAGCCUCCUCCCGUCUCAGGUGAACAACUCUCCAGUUAUAAACCACCUGCUCUUAGGAAAGAAGAUGAAAAUGUCCAACCGAGCCGCCAGGAACGCUGUCAUUCACAUCCCCGGCCACACCGGGGGCAAAGCAUCCCCCGUCCCCUACGAAGACCUCAGGUCGAAGCUCAACUCUCCGUGGCGUACUCACAUCCGAGUCCACAAAAAGACCAUGCCGAGGGCCAGGAGCCAGCCGGGCUGCGGGGACACCGCGCCUGGGGAGGACAGAGCCACCGGCAGACCUCCCCACGGGAGCCGCCCCAAGACUCCCAUCUUCAGCCCCUUUCCCAGCGUCAAGCCGCUGCGCAAGUCAGCGGCCGCCAGGAACCUGGGGCUGUACGGCCCCACGGAGCGGACCCCGACCGUGCACUUUCCUCACAUGAGCCGGGGCUUCAGCAAAGCCGCCGGUGGAAACAGUAGCACGAAGAAGCGGUGA